CACAGGGCUCAGUAGGGCUACACGAAACUAGUUGCAAAGCCGAGGGAAUCUUUGAUCAACUGCCACCUGGGCUGAGGCAACAGGAAGUGAGUGCCCCUAAGCCGGAAGUUGAUUGAGACCUCCUGGUUCCUUCUCCCACACCGUCAGCCUCUUACUCCAAAUUGCCCUUUGCAGGGGCGGGAGAAAGAAGGGAACAGGAUAAGGAAUACACCUUCAGGGUUGCUCACAGCCCCUUCCCAGUUCUUCCUAACAAUACCUGAUGGAGGCAUCGAGGGUAAUCGCAACCACCGGACAGGCCCACCCACAGGCUUGACCCGGCCUUUCACAACUGAAACGAGGGAGAGAUGGACUCUGCCCUAGCCCGAUCAGGACAUUAAGGCCUAAAGGGAUAUUGGUUCAGGGCCUUCCUUCUGACUUCCUACUUUACAGCCCUCAGAUUCGUGACUUGCACCAUGCCUCAUAUCGACAACGAUGUGAAACUGGACUUCAAGGAUGUCCUGUUGAGGCCCAAACGCAGCACCCUUAAAUCUCGAAGCGAGGUGGAUCUCUCAAGAUCUUUUUCAUUUCGGAACUCAAAGCAGACGUACACUGGUGUCCCCAUCAUUGCCGCUAAUAUGGAUACUGUGGGAACCUUUGAGAUGGCCAAGGUUCUCUGUAAGUUCUCCCUCUUCACUGCUGUCCAUAAACACUACAGCCUCCAUCAGUGGCAAGAGUUUGCUAGCCAGAAUCCUGACUGUCUUGAGUAUUUGGCUGCCAGCUCAGGUACAGGCUCUUCUGACUUUGAGCAGCUGGAACAGAUCCUGGAAGCUAUUCCCCAGGUGAAAUACAUAUGCCUGGAUGUGGCAAAUGGCUACUCUGAACAUUUUGUUGAAUUUGUAAAGGAAGUACGGAAGCACUUCCCUCAACACACCAUCAUGGCAGGGAAUGUGGUAACAGGAGAGAUGGUGGAAGAGCUAAUCCUCUCUGGGGCUGACAUCAUCAAAGUGGGAAUUGGGCCAGGCUCUGUGUGUACAACCCGGAAGAAAACUGGAGUGGGGUACCCGCAGCUCAGUGCAGUGAUGGAGUGUGCAGAUGCUGCACAUGGCCUUAAAGGCCACAUCAUUUCAGAUGGAGGCUGCAGCUGCCCUGGGGAUGUGGCCAAGGCUUUUGGGGCAGGGGCUGACUUUGUGAUGCUGGGUGGCAUGCUGGCUGGACACAGUGAGUCAGGCGGGGAGCUCAUUGAGAGGGACGGUAAGAAGUACAAGCUCUUCUAUGGAAUGAGUUCUGAAAUGGCCAUGAAGAAGUAUGCCGGCGGGGUGGCUGAGUACAGGGCUUCAGAGGGAAAGACAGUGGAAGUCCCCUUUAAAGGAGAUGUGGAACAUACUAUCCGUGACAUUCUAGGAGGAAUCCGAUCUACAUGCACCUAUGUGGGAGCAGCUAAGCUGAAAGAGUUGAGCCGGAGAACUACCUUCAUCAGAGUCACCCAGCAGGUGAAUCCAAUCUUCAGUGAUUCACGCUAGACUUGAGCAGUUCUGCCCUCUCAAGGCAUCAGCACUCUGCCGCAGGCCUUCCAAGUGAGCUUUUCACCCAUCCCAGCUAGUGUGGCUGUGUAUUACUUGGUCAGUUCCUAUUGGCUCACUCCUGAGGCUCCUGCAGUAACUAUACUUCUCUAUCUGCACUUGCAAAAUGCCCAGGGCACGCAGGGGGAGAAAGCAAGGAAGAAGACAACCUUACUUCAUUAUCAAACAGGAUCUGGGGACUCAGUAUCCUGAAGACUAUCGAGAGAAAAAGAUGCUGAUUGAUACAUAAAUGUUUCAUAUGGCCUUGGUCUGGUAGAGGCAGGCUUUUGCAAUCAUGUCUUGUUAAUCAGCCUCAUUAAAUGAGAUCUUCAAAUAUCUAAAAAGCUCUGACAUGUUUACAUAUUUAAAUACAUCAAUAAAGAGA